AUGGCCCAAGCUGAAUCAAUCAGCACGUUACGGCGGAGACGAGGCGUCCUAGCCCGUCGACUUGCAACCAUAAGGCGCGAACUCGAUGAAUACGAAGCGUCUGGGAAGGCAAACAGAAUCUUCCUAGCAUCUUGCCGCAGCUCGUUCGAUGAGCUUUGGAGGAGGAUACUCGAGGUUCAAGAAGAGUUAGGUGUGGUAGAUGAGGGGGAAGAUGCGCGGGUAGAUUCGUUAUCACAAGAGCAUCGGGAGCUUGACAUGCGGUUCCGAGAGCUCUUUGAACAAAUAUCAGCACCAACCCCGUCGACUACAACAAGAGGUGAGACAUGCCGGAAACCAGAGCCGACCACCGUUCCAGAGGUCCGCGUGCCCCAAUUCGACGGUGCCCUCGAGAAUUGGACCUAUUUCUACGACAUGUUCACAUCCAUAGUGGACCGUAACGAAGGUUUGACGAAUGUCCAAAAGUUCCAGCAUCUACGCUCAUCUAUAACUGGACGGGCCGCACAGAGUAUCCAGUCAUUAGAACUCACAGAGGCCAACUAUUCCAUCGCGCUUGAUACACUGAAGGACAAGUUCAAUUGCCCCCUCCAAAUCUGCAUGCGCCAUUGGAAUUUGAUGCGCAAUUAUCCGGAAAUCAAAAAGGAAACUCCAGAGGCCCUAGAGGAUUUGUUGGAAACCAUCAGUGUAAAUCUAAAGGCGCUCGAACAUCUAAAGGAGCCCGUCACAUCAAACAUAGCGAUGAUCGAAUUGAUCGCGUCGAAGUUGCCCUCGUCCAGCCUGCGUAAAUGGCAACGCACACUGCCCCGCCAAAAGGUGCCAUCCUAUCAGCAUCUGAUAGACUUUCUCAAAACACGGGCGAACGGGACUCAAUUCCUCUCUAAAGAGAAGGAAUCAAAAGGGUCAACACACAAACACCGCAGUCAGCGAACAACCAUACCGCAUGGGCGAACCCUUGCUACAACCAGCAGAACGGUGGUGUGUCCGACCUGCAACGGACCUCACGAGAUCAGACACUGCAAAAUCUUCAAGGCCAAAUCAGCGACCAAACGUUUUCAGAUCGUGAAGAAGGCAUCGUUGUGUAUAAAUUGCCUAGGCACAGGACAUUCGCCGACACAAUGUACAUCGGCACAGAUCAAGGUUUUGAACAAACAGGCACAACCAAUCCGAGCCCGAGCCUUACUCGACACUGGGUCGAGCAUGAACUUCAUGACCGACAAGCUCGCGAAGUCCCUCGGUAUAAAGCAAAGGAGAUGUGCGAUCCAGAUCGGAGCCCUCGACAAUUUGAGCACCACGGCAAAACGUUACACCACGGCCACCAUCACGUCGACGGACGGCAAGUAUAAGAAGACAUUGAAAUUUCUUGUUAUCCCGGCCAUAUCGAUCCUCGUACCAAGCGAGCCCAUCGAUCCCUCGAGUCUGGGAUUACCCAGAAAUAUUCAACUAGCCGAUCCACAAUUCCAUUGCCCAGCCCCGAUCGAUGUCUUACUUAGUACCGGAUCAACAUUUGCGUCGCUGUGCAUCGGGCAGGUCAAUCUGGCACAACCAGGCGAACCUGAGCUACGUCUACAAAAAACACGCUUCGGCUGGGUAAUCGGGGGGAGUCCCACGUCCCAAACCGCGAUAAAUACGUUCCACGCAACCACAACGGCUCUGCAAGAGGACCUCGCACGGUUUUGGGAGAUCGACGAGGGACCGGCCACUACUCAUCUUUCGGAAUCGGAACGACUAUGUGAAGAACAUUUCCGAAACCAUGUCCGACGAACCAAGGAAGGCAGAUACAUCGUUGCAUUACCAUUCAACGAAAAGCUUUCCUCACUAGGGUCAUCGAAGGCCGCUGCAAUGAGCAGGCUCGCCUCUCUUCAUCGCCGAUUCCAACGCGACAAACAAUAUGAAACCGCGUAUAGUGCUGUGAUUCAAGAAUAUUUAGACUUGGGUCACAUGACGAAGAUCAACACGGAUCACGCCACCGACCACGGAUAUUAUUUACCACAUCACGGCGUGACCAAGGAAUCGAGCGACACCACCAAGCUACGGGUUGUGUUCGACGGCUCAGCUUCAAGUACCACGGGAGUGUCUCUAAACGACGCCCUUCAUACGGGUCCGAAAUUACAAGAAGACCUGAGGAACAUCCUAUUGAGAUUCCGGUCAUUUCAAUAUGUCCUUACCGGCGACAUCGAGAAAAUGUACCACCAAUUCAUCCUACGUCCAGAAGAUCGUCCCUAUCAAAAGAUUCUGUGGCGUGCCUACAACGGAGAGAUCGAAACUUACCGACUCAACACCGUAACGUUCGGUCUAUCCGCAGCCCCGUAUCUGGCCAUACGAUGUCUCAAACAGUUGGCAGAGGACGAGGGACCUCGAUUUCCGAGAGCAGCGCAGAUCCUACGGCGAGACUUCUAUGUCGACGAUGCGUUGACCGGAGCCGAUACGAAGGACGAAGCCCUAUCAAUCAGGAAUGAUCUCACGAAAUUACUUAAGCUAGCCGGUCUAAAUAUCCGCAAAUGGGCAUCAAACGAUCGGGAUCUGCUGAGAGGGCUACCUGAGGAAGACACCAAGCAGAAAUUACAUCUCGGUGAGUCAUCCACGUUAAAAACACUCGGCGUCUUUUGGGAUUCAGCCGACGAUACCAUACUAUAUUCGGUCAAGACGAACAGUGACACUUCCCGAAUCACAAAGCGAUUAAUCAGCUCAGUCAUCGCACAAAUCUAUGAUCCACUAGGAUUGCUCGCGCCGGUAAUCGUUCGAGCAAAAAUGAUUUUGCAACAAGUCUGGACAUUGAAGGUAGAUUGGGACGAAUCCCUUCCGACAGACGUACACACAGCAUGGAUCAAAUACCACACCCAAUUGCCGUUGUUAAAUGCGGUAAGGUUCCCUCGGAAGACCAUCCUAGAAUCCGCAACGAAAAUUGAGCUCCACGGAUUCUGUGACGCUAGCGAAAGGGCAUAUGGGGCGUGCGUCUACGUGCGGACGACUGACCGAAAGAACAAUAUUUGGACUCGACUCCUCACGGCGCGGUCGAAGGUAGCGCCGCUCAAAUCGCUCUCCAUACCACGUCUCGAAUUAAGCGGGGCACUUAUUUUGACGUCCUUGAUUUCGUCAAUACAACAGGCCCUGACGACCAAGAUAUCGCGGAUAGUAUACUGGACUGACUCCACCAUCGUACUCCAUUGGAUCAGGUCUUCACCGCACACCUUGAAAACAUUUGUGGCGAAUCGAGUCGCUGAGAUACAGACCAAGACCAAUAUCUCCGACUGGCGUCAUGUGCCUACCGACGAUAAUCCAGCGGAUCUCAUGUCCCAAGGCCAGACGCCCAAGGAAUUCCUAUGUCCGUCCAUUUGGAAAAACGGGCCAAGGUGGCUCCUGCAAAGCAAAAGCUAUUGGCCGGUCUGGAGCCCGACACCGGUAGUCGACCUCCCGGAGCAAAAGAAGACGAUCUGUCUGAGGACGAGUGUUAACGACAACACUCUCCUCCAUCGUUACUCGUCUUGGCCAAGACUAAUAAGAAUCGUCGCCUGGUGUCUUCGAUGGAGACAUAGGCAACACCGAUCUGCCCAUCUCACCACAGACGAACUGACUGCAGCGCACAACAAACUAAUAAAAAUACUACAAUCCCAUCAUUUCGCGCCUGAAAUUCGGAUCCUCCAAAAAAAUCGAAGCGAGGACGUUGGAGGGAAACUACAGCCAUUAAACCCCUUCCUCGACGAAGAUGGGCUACUCCGGGUAGGAGGGCGACUAACCAACUCCGCCAUACCCUUCAGCCAAAAACACCCGAUCAUCCUACCGAAAUCCCCGCUGACAGAGCUAAUUAUAGAGCAAGAGCACCGGAACAAUCAUCACACAGGGACACAAGCUACACUAUACGCGAUGAGACUGCGCUAUUGGCCGAUCGACGGCCGUAGCCAGGUAUGGCGCACUCUCAGAAGGUGCGUCCGCUGCUGCAGAGCCAACCCUCCACCAGUGGAAUACUUGAUGGGUGAUUUACCAGAGGCGCGUUAUAACAGUGCAAGAGCUUACGACCAUCGUGCGCGAGUUAAUUCAGUCGCUAGUGCAAAAAUCGAGUUUGGAACCUAA